UCCUUGUUUUUGGAGGCCACAAAGGCGAAAACCUCCAAAAAUAAUAUUGAAAAUGGUGACCAUAAAUCUAAGCAUGUUGCUUCCACGUUUUCUGGAAAGACUGAAUCAAAUCAUAACCACACUUCUCAAGGCUCCAAGACAUAUGUAAUGGGUGAAGACAAAGGUUUAUCUCAGGAGAAACACAUGGGCAUUGGCCCCUUGAAGACACCUGCAGGCCUGAAAGGCCAUCCCUGUAAACCAGACGUGAGCAGUACCACAGAAUCACUAGCCACAGUCAGUAGAGUGAAUGUUGACAUCUUACUUGCAGAAAGGGACUUAAGUGAUGGCUUAGUACAAGUAAAUGAGCCAAGACACUUAGCUGCCUCUAAUGAGCUAGAAGGUAAAUGCAGUGUUUCUCAAGUGAAAGAGAGGCUGCAGGAUAACACUAAGUCCAGCCCUCAACCUGGAAACCUAAUUCCUACCUGGUCCUCUGACGAUGUCCCUGGGGAAAGAAAUGACCCAGUGAAGACUCGGCAGCCCCUGAACAAAGACCAAAAGCCAAAGGACCAGGAUGAAGUUGCUGGUAAAUGUAUUAUAGAGAAAGAGGACAGAAUCUACCCAGGCUUGCAGCCACACAUAUCUGGGUCUGACCCUUCCGUGUCUCGACAGCGACGGCAGAAGAAAAGAGAACAGACUGAACACAGUGGGGAAAAGAGACAGUUCCAAGGGGCUCCUCCUCUCCUUUUGCCUUCUCUUCCCGCUGUUGGAAAAGUGGAUGUCACACCAACCCCAAACAAUACUGCAAACCAAAGUAGAGUGGUCGCUGGGUGCGUGAGCAGCCUGGGGAGCAGCGAGAUGUCAUCAUCAAAGGAUCGACCGUUAUCAGCAAGAGAGAGGAGGCGACUAAAGCAGUCACAGGAAGAGAAGGUAUUCCCCUCAGGCCCUUCGGUGAGGAGAGCUUGUGUGAGUGCAGCGGGGCCAGGGAAGCCACCAGAGGAAGGCCAGCCGCCCCCAGCCCGAAGGUUGUCUUCUGGCCGAAGCUUUGCUCAGGUACGUUACUUAGUUCUAAGGGAAAUGGUGGACAUGUCUACAUCUGGCAUGCCUCAUAUAUGAAACCUCGUAAAUGCCAGCUCCAUUUAUUUCUGUGUCAGUUCUGACUUAAGUUACACUUUUUUUCACUCUUUUUUUUUUUUAAUUGGGGAAUUGGGAG